GACAACGACGACCACGACGACAACGACGAGGACGAGGACGAUCCGUGUCGAGGCCGCCCGUGGAAAAGGCGCCGUAGCCGUAGUCCGGUGUUUGUGAACAGGCCGCAUUUUCCCGUUUUCCCCCGUUCCCUCGCCCCAUCAGCUGCUCCACCGCAACGAGCGAGACGAUGGCGAUACUGCUCAAGCGCCCAAUCGGGUCGCUGGUCAGUGGGCUGAGCAGUGCGACGGGUGGUGGUGGCCGUACACCCUUGCUCGGUUCCGCGGUAGAAACAACAGCCAACGGUGGGCCAACCACAGGGACCAUCACGAAUCCGGGCGGUGGCGGCACAGGCCACAGCAGCAGCAGCAACACCACCACCCGCCAGACGCUCACGGUCGUGUUCCUGUGCGUGGUGUGGUACGUGGUGUCCAGCAGCAACAAUGUGAUCGGCAAGAUGAUCCUGAACGUGUUCCCGUACCCGAUGACGGUCACGAUGAUCCAGCUGACCAGCAUUACCGUGUACAGUGGACCGUUCUUCAAUUUGUGGGGCGUCCGCAAGUACGUCGACAUCUCGUGGCGCUACUACAUGAAGUUCAUCGUGCCGCUCGCCCUCGGCAAGUUCCUCGCCUCCGUCACCUCGCACAUCUCGAUCUGGAAGGUGCCCGUAUCCUACGCUCACACCGUCAAGGCGACAAUGCCACUGUUUACGGUGAUCCUGUCGCGGUUGAUCAUGCGGGAACGGCAGACGAAGGCCGUCUACCUGUCGCUGGUACCGAUCAUCGUCGGUGUCGGGAUCGCCACGCUGACCGAGCUGUCCUUCGAUGUGAUCGGGCUGCUGAGUGCGCUCGUUGCCACGAUGGGCUUCUCGCUGCAGAACAUCUUCUCCAAGAAGGUGCUGAAGGAGACGGGCGUGCACCACCUGCGGCUGCUGCACAUUCUUGGCCGGCUCGCCCUGUUCAUGUUCCUGCCGAUCUGGUGCUACGUCGAUCUGUGGAACGUGAUGAAGCACCCGGCGAUCACAACCGGAGACUACCGCGUGAUUGCUCUGCUGUUCACGGACGGCGUGCUCAACUGGUUGCAGAACAUCCUGGCAUUCAGCGUACUGUCGCUGGUGACACCGCUCACGUAUGCGGUGGCGAGCGCGAGCAAGCGUAUCUUCGUGAUCGCCAUCUCGCUGUUUGUGCUCGGCAAUCCAGUCACCUGGCUGAAUGUGUUCGGCAUGAUGGUGGCAGUGCUGGGUGUGCUGUGCUACAAUCGGGCCAAGUACUUUGCCCGUCGCCAUCAAACCCUGCUACCGUAUGCCUCCUCGGUCAACACGGUGCGCUAUCAACCGCUACCUACCGGCAAGGGCCCCCCGAUGGCACCGUCCCAGAAUGUGCUGCUGGCGGCGAACGAGGCGUUCUUAGGGGGCCUCGGUGGCCCGACCGGUGCCACGCUGCUACCGACGACGGCAGCUACUGCUACGACAACCAUCUCCACCAGCACCAACGGCAUGAUGCCGGCAACGGCUGCGUCGCUCGGUUUACCGGCCACAUUCAAUCCCACCAGCCUCAACGCCGUCGGUACAACCACAGCCAACAGUGCCAACGGGAGGCUACUGUUCGUCUAGCGAGGCAACCAGCGCAGCGCCGCUCGUUCGUACGAUGCCUUUUCCCUUCGCUUCCGUGUUAGCAUUAGUUCGUUAGUCGUACGGGAUUGCUCAGCAGAUACACAGGGACACAUGGGCUUCGCAUGGGCUGUUUGGUGAUCGACAUUGGCCUACAGAUCGAUCCGACCGAUGGAUGCCCUGGGAAAACGGUAAGCGGUUGCCGUCGCUUUUCCCUCGUUUUUUUUUUUAAUAGUAAAUGUGCAUCAGCCGCAAUGGCCGCAACCGAGUAUAGAUAGUAAGAGCAGAGAAGAGAGCUAAAGGCAGAAGGCUGCCCUCCCCGUCUCAGGCGGAAGGAGAGAUUGAAGUGGAACAUGUCAAGCAAUCUGGGCCCAACAAUGGCCCUUAGGAAUAUUUAAUUAUUUAAUUACCCCGAUUACGAAUCAGACAACGCCUACUGUUGCACUUAUCAUUUCUUGCAGUUUAGCGUAAAUUGUAUUUUUCCGACACCGUCCCUGUCUUUCCGCUGCGUCCUAACAAAAAACAACAAUCCUUAAUUGCUUGUCUGGCUGGUCUUUUUGAAACAGUAUUUUCCCUGCCUAAGUACGCUUGAUUUCCUGUGGGUUUUGUAGCACAUAUUAUUACGGGUUAUGAUUUUUUUUUCUUACUUUUUCGUUUCUCACACUCAAAUCGCUCCAUCACAAAAAAGCCGUAGAAGCUAGGAUGUUCUGGCCGUCUCUCAAAGUUUUACUCGCGUACUCUGAACCUGACAGGAUCGCCAGCAGACAUGGACCUUCGACAAACAAUGUAAAUAGAGCAAGCGGGCGACCGAGGAAGAAAGUUGUGGGCGACCUGGAAAGGGGGGCGGGCAUCGUCGGGAUGAGGCUUACGCCGUUUUGAAAUCCAGCGAAAAUUCUGCUCUUAAUAUCGAUAGGAAAGAUAAGUAGCAAAUUUUUCGCUGUGUUUAGAAACAGCGUUAGAGGUAUUAUUGUAGACAAAACGAACGCGAACGACGAGAGGGGUGAGUCCAUUGUUUUUGUGCAAGAAUUCUUAAUGCAAAUGACCACACCCGAAGCGCAAUUUACAUCCCGGGGGAACCAUCAGUGCUGGGAUGCUUCUGAGCCCCAAACGCCCUCGAUUUGAGAACUGUAAAUAUGUAGGAAUGCACUCCCCUCAAUCUCUCAAUCUAAUAAUCCUUGGGAAGGGGUAGAUCGAAGGUAAACGAAAGUAGCCAAGGGCCGUAGAAGAGCUACCGAUUAUAAAUUAGCGAGAAAAAAGAUUAUGUACUUGGUUUACGGACUCACGGUGAAGGGUCUACAAAGGUCCACCGGUCACGGGUCCUCCUAUACCUCUAGCCUUGUAUAGGUAGGAAUCGCUCGGUAGUUCGGUGCUUUGCUGGGCUCUGUGAGAUAAGCUGAAGGGAUGUGAUCAACGGUUGGUUAAACAGGGAGCUCCCGAUCAAUAAAUGUUAUCAGAGA